UAUAAAGCUGUGUAUCACUGGCUGGGUCACAGACGAACUACUCAACACCAUCAUGAAGGUUAUUGUGAUCCUCGCCCUGGUUGCUGUGGCUGUGGCCGACAAGCUGGCCCCCGUCCCCCUGCCCGUCGCCAUCCUCCGCAGCCAACAGGUCAACCCCGACGAGUUAGGUGCCCACAGCUCCGACUUUGAGGCAGAGAACGGCAUCAAGUUCCAGUUUGCUGGCAACGAGGGUGUUGGUGGCGGUUCCAACAUGGCCGGCUCCUGGAGCUACCUCAAGGAGGACGGCAGUGUAGCGACAGUCCAGUUCGUGGCUGACGAGAACGGUUUCCAGCCCCAGUCCGACCUGCUGCCCGUGGCCCCCGCCUUCCCCCACCCCAUCCCCCAGUUCGUCCUAGACCAAAUCGCCUUCGCUAAGGCUGAGAAGACUGAUGCAGAAUAAGUCUAAAAAAAUAGCCUUACCGACAAUGUUGUUGAUAUAUAUAUAUUUACUAAUCUAUAAGUGAAAAUGUAAUUUAAAAAUAAACUUUCAGUAAAACUAAAAA